AUGGAGCACUACGAGGAUUCUUUCGAGAGUGCCACCACGGCGACGGAUGAGGAAGAAGAGACCAUUUCGGUGCGCACCAGUUCAACCACCGCCACUUCAGAUGACUCAGUCGACGCUGGCGACGAAGGCAGCGUUGGCGACGUAGGUGAUACCGUCUCUGGCGGCAAGGGAAUGAGCGACGUGCUGACUUUGAGCUCCGCCGCAACACUGUCACCGACGGCGCGGUAUCUGGCUCUACCCUUGCCUGCAGCCCCACUGCCGGCACCGGUACCGGUGCCGACACUCACCUCUUCGCCCGCAUCGGCGCUGAAGGGCGACAGCGAGAACGAGCUACACGCGUCGUCCGUUUCGUCUGCGCACAACGCGUUGGUAUCUGAGAAGCCGCCGGGAUUCGCUCCAUACGCGACGGUCGGCGAAAUAGAGAGGGAGAAGCGGAAUGCGAGUCUAGGUGACAGCGCCAGGGUUAAAAACCCCACCACGCGUGAUGCCUCGAGCGUUGCUCAGGGAGAAUUCGUAGGGACCUCCAGCGACGAUGCCGACCAUAGCCGUCGAGGGCUGAAGGGCGUUGGCUUCGAGGCCCUCUCCCACUUUGUGGCCUUUGGUGGCAGCGACACUGAAAGCACGACGGGGCCAACGUCGCAUCCGUAUAGCCUUGUGAUCGGAGCGGGAAUGGAAGGCUUCUCAACCCCGCUGGGCAAGAUGCUAACCACCGCGAGAGAGGCACGAGGCGAGAAUCCGAAGGAGGGAGAGAAGCUGCGGCCGACUGCUGACUCCCUAGUUUCCCGGUCAACAUCAGUGCCGCAGGCGGAGUUGCCACAUAAAACGGCGGCCUCGAAGGCGGCCUCCGUGGCUGCGAGCAGCGUCUUCAGUACCCUCUCACAGCAUUUACAGCAGCAAAAGCCGCAGCGUCAGCAGCCACAGACGACCCUUGCGCCAGCACCAGCGGUGAACUCUGCGCCAGUGGUCCCUUCAAUACCAAUGUCUGCAACCACCGUUCCCACAAUGUCGCCUGCCUCUGUUAAAGGGACGACAGCGACACCAGCGCCGCAUGGCAGCGCCUCUCUCUCUCUCCCAGCUCUGCCGCCACCGGGAUGGUCCUCUACAACUCUAGCCAACAAUGCCGCCGCCGGUACGGAGACGCCAUUCACCAUCCUACCCGCGGCGGCGGCGAAGGAUGCGACGGGCACGCAGCAAGGGUGGAUGAUCGGUGGGGUGCAAUACCGCACCAGUCCCACAGAUAAGGAGGCGGUCCAGCAGAUACCCCCGCUGCCCCCGCCGUACGAGCAUCCUCGACCCACUGCGGAGCAGACACGCGCAUCCGAGCUCCGUGAGGCGUCGGAGGCGGUGGAGAGACUAGUGAAGGCGUUCGCGAUGCUGAAGGGAUACAGCCGUCUCGAGCAAGCGCAAAGCAAAAGUCGCCCCCUCGCUGACGGCGCACCGGCCUCAGUGGAAACGGCAGCCGAUGUUGUCACAUCUGCUCAUCAGGCCAGGGUUGCAUCCACCGUGCAGGUGCGCGACACUGUCCGGCCGCGCGGAUCCCGCAUCUUUGCACCUGGAGCGGCGUCGGGGGCGACUCUUGACUCCACCUCGGCCGCCGCCGCUUCGCUGCCGUGGGUGUCUGCCCCUCGCCAAGGAGACAGCGAGAGCGUAGCCGAAGGUGUCGUGCUGGACUGCGUGCUCGGCCUCUUACAGGAGCGUACAAGGGGCACCGGGACUUCUUCCGCGGGUGAGCAGGAGGGAGAGGGGGUCAGAUCGACAAAGCGUCCAACGGCAUCGUCGUGGCAGGCGGCGAGACCCCACCACGAGGUGGUGACGGCCGACACUUUUGCUUACGGAGGAAGCGCGAGGGGCCACGGCCGAGCUUCGCACUUCACCGCUGACACCGUGUCUGCGGCAGCGUGGACCCAAGUGUACUUUGACUCAUCAUCAGCCUUCGUGGGCGGGCUCGGUAGCAGUGGCGUCCCCUUGUUCGACCCCCGAGAUCUGCAGAGCGCCAUCGACCUCUACAAUGCCGUGCGUGAGGCGCUCGACAAGUACGUGCUGCGCCGCGUGGUGACCGGCGUAGAGAAAGCAAAGGGGCUUCAGCCGCACGUCUCUGUCCCCCGCGCACGCUCUGUCACCGCCAUAUUUGCGUGGGUGCUGCUGCUGGACAUAGUAAAUCUCUGUGAGGAGAUCGCGCGUGUCGCCUACGAUGCUGCGCCGCGCUCCCCGAGCGCUGUGUAUCCCGUGCUCGCACAGUUCAGAGGGGAUGCGGCGUGCGAGGAGGUUGCCAAGGCGGCGAUGCACUGCCUGCCUUUUGAGGCACUCAACGCCAGCGGUGCUGACACCUUGGCGCCAGGGGACGGUCGCUGCACUUUCCGGAUGGCAUGCUGGGUGACGCAGCAACAGCUCUGGACUAUCGCCGACGCUUUGACCGACACGGUCCGCGAGGACAUGGUGCGGCGCGCCAAGGCGCUGCAGUACUCUCCGUUUAACACGGCCGCAGUGACCGAGGUCGAUCCUCGGGUGCUGGUUCCUCCCACGACUCCAAUGCUCACGCUGCGGCCGCUGCCGGGGCGGAGAGGUGACGGUGCCGCGCCAAAGGCGACCGACGCCUCCACGGAUUUAGGCACUGCCGCGUCGUACGCCCGAGUGCAUGGAGGCAGCAGAGGGGAGGGAAGAGGCCCGGCGAGUGGCACUUCUGGCAACGAACUCUUCGAGGUGCCUGCCGCCGCGUUGCAGAAGGUUGCUUACCACGUCUCUGUUCUCACCACGGAUUUGCUCUCUGACAUGAGCACCGCCAACCAUCAUGAGCUGUCGGCACUAACUGCUGAGGAUUACACCAGUGUUGCCACCGCCGUCUCCGAAACCAUGAGCGAACUGCUGCAGGACGAGUCCAUCAAGGCGGCCGUGCGGCGGCGAGCUGCAGAAAAGGUGAAGCAGACACAAAUGGCGCGCGCCGACUUCGCCACAGCCUCGCGCCAACGCAAGGAACAAGCCAUCAUUGAGAGGGCGGAGAAGGAGGCAGAGGAGGUGGUGCAGCACAUUCUGCAAGAGAUGAGGACACAGGGAGUUGCCUAG